AUGGGCAUUGUUGACUCAAACAUCAGCAGCCUUGGUCUUGAAGCCGCUGGGGUUAUCCGUCAGACCGGGCCUGAAACCAAAGAAUUAAUCGCAGGAGACAGAGUAUUCGUAUUCGGGGGUGGUUGCUUCUCCACUGGUAUCGUUAUUUCUGAAAAGCUCUGCGUAAAGAUACCAGACACCAUGGAUUUCGAAGACGCUGCUACCAUGCCCUGUGUCUUUUCGACGGUCAUUCAUGGCCUUCUUGACAUAGCUCGCCUCUCGAAAAACGACUCUGUUCUUAUUCACUCCGCUUGUGGAGGCGUCGGUAUUGCUGCAAUCCAGAUCUGUAAAAUGGUUGGUGCCGAGAUCUACUGCACCGUCGGUAGCGACGAGAAGAUACAAUAUCUUGAGAGCUCAUUCAACAUUCCCCGAGAGCGUGUUUUCAACUCUCGCGACGCAUCCUUCCUCCCAGAUAUUCUCAAAGCCACAAAAGGCAGAGGGGUAGAUGUCGUACUCAACUCGCUCAGCGGAGACCUACUCCACGCAUCCUGGAACUGUGUGGCAGAGUUCGGCAAGAUGAUCGAAAUAGGGAAGCGGGAUCUCAUUGGCAACGGCAAGCUUGCAUUGAACGUGUUCGAACUCAACCGAAGCUAUCAUGGGGUGGAUCUUGGUCAUCUCAUUGAAGUUAAACCCGAGGAAGGAAAUAGUAAUGUCAGCUACCUUCUAGUGGGGGGACUCGGUGGCCUAGGUCGUCUCAUUUCCAACUGGAUGGUAGAGAAUGGCGCAAGAAACCUAGUGUAUCUCUCGCGAAACUGCGGGGAUAUGCAAGAGAAUGAAAGGUUUUUUGACGAAUUGGAAGUCCAGGGGUGCUCAGUUAUUGCCGUAAGAGGAAGCGUUACUUCUCUUGCCGACGUUGACAGGGCUCUCAGCGCCACGACAAGGCCCAUUCGUGGAGUUAUCAACAUGUCUAUGGUUCUCCGCGAUGAGAGCUUCUCGAAAAUGACACACGAAGAGUGGACAACAGCGGUAGACCCGAAAGUUCAAGGGACGUGGAACCUGCACAACGCCUGUGAGAACGCUGGGUUGGACUUGGAUUUCUUCCUUCUCUUUAGCUCCAUCUCAGGCGUGAUCGGACAGAGAGGUCAGGCCAACUAUGCUGCAGCCAACACAUUUUUGGAUGCGUUUGUCCAAUAUCGCCAGACACUAGGCUUGAAAGCCAGCGUUGUUGAUAUCGGAGCAAUGAUAGACUACGGAUACCUUGCCGACAACUCUUUGCUGAUGGAGAGACUGGCGAGUCAGGGCUUUUACGGCAUCAAGAUCCCUCAACUUCUUGACGCAUUGGCUCUUGUCAUCAAGCCAUAUGCUCCCGAUGACACAGAGUCUAUAUCGUCGACGUUCGUCAACACUUCCCAGCUCGUCAUUGGUCAUCGGAGUCUCACGGCUCUGGCUGAUCCCGCAAACAGAGUUAUCUGGAAAGAGGACCGCCGGAUGGGAUUUUACUUCAAUUCUGACGGCGACAAAGCUACCACCACAAAUAAUCCGACUGAUCAAGGUGCCUUAGUAUCGUUCCUCAAGUCUGCCACAGCAGACCCUGGGCUCCUCUCAUUGCCCGAUUCUCCAUCAUUUAUAGCGCGUCAGAUUGCCGCGCAGCUCUUCCGGCUCCUCUUGAAGCCUGCCGACAACGAAGAAGAUAUCGACAUCAGGAUGUCACUCCAAGAAGCUGGACUCGACAGUCUGGUUGCGGUGGAGAUGCGAAGCUGGUGGAAGACAACGUUCGGAUUCGACAUUAGUGUUCUCGAGAUGCUUGGUAUGGGUAGCGUAGCCGCGCUCGGUGAGAGAGCUCUGAGGGGUUUGAAAGACAGUCUGGGAGAGGUCAGUGGGACCCGAGACGAGAGUGGAGAGAAGCACGAUACGGAAGGGUACCUCAAGCUGAAGAUGCCGUGA